UUAGAUAAAGUAAACACGAGAAAACAGAUUACAUCGAAUUGUGAUAAAAAGAGCAAAGAGUUGUUUAUGUACUGAAGUAGCCUAGGCAAACAAAACAAACAAUAUCAAAACCGAAACUUGCACACAACCGGCGACAACGUUAUUUUAGGCAUUAUUCCUGCUUUAUCCAUUCAUACGCACACACACACACACAAACACUAUUCACUCGCACUUUGUGAAUGUGGUGCGAUCACCGUUGUACAAUAUCUUGCAAACACUUUCUGUGUGUCAGCUAAACAUAUGUGUCAUGUUUAAAUCAGGCUUGUGAAAUUUGUCAUUCAAUUAGAAAACAUCAAGGGAUCGAAUGAGUUCCAUCCAAAAAAUAAAACAAUUCAACGCGGUGCGCUAGCUAGUGGUAUUGUUCAAUUUAUGAAAAAUUAUUAUUAUUUUUUUUUUUUUUUUUUUUUUUUUAUUGCAUAGCUUAAUUCAAUUAAUUCAAAUUGAAUUAUCCAUUGAAGAAUACACACACACACACACAGAUCCUAAAGAAAUGUCAAUUCAAUGAACCACGAAUAAAAAGUUGGCUGAACAUUUUGAGUGUGAUUCAGCAUAUAUUUUUUUUUACACAGCCCUGUUUUUUGUGUAUAAGACGUUUGUUUUUUCCGCGAAGCAUGUACUUCAAUCGGACAAAACUUAUCAGCAGCACACAGCAGUGGCAGCAACAAUAGCCUUUUGUUGUCAAUACAUACAUAAUUACAACAAUAAUCAGUUGUCAGUCGGUCAGACCGUCCAUAUUUGGUGUCAGUUCUGCACAAGAGUCGUUGCAUUUUGGUUUCAUAUUAAUUUUCGACGAAAAAAAAAAAAAAUAAUUUUUGUCAAAUUUUCAACGAUUUUGGGUUUUCAAGAGUGAGUGAACAUUUUAAUUAUAAAAAAUAGAACUAAAAACGCAAGUUAGAAUUAAAAAAAGAAGAUUGAAUUCUAAAAACGUAAAAAAAACAUUGGACUUUAUAACGGAAGUGCAGAAUAAUUGCCAUGGAUACGAGUACAGCAAUAGCGAUACAUUUAUCAAAGCGCCCGAUAGCACCAGUUUUGGAACGAUCUAGUGAAAAAACUAAUUCGGUUGCGUUGCAACUGAUGUGCAUCAUGGAUUACUAUAUGGAAGAACGUCGUUUGUAUGCUCGCAUCGCUAGAAUGCAAUGCCCAAAAUUACUUAUGCAAUUGAUGAAAUUUCAUACGUAUGUGUCGUUCAAAUACUAUGAUUAUCGGGCCAGUCGCAAGAUUGGUGACAAAAUUUUGCGAUGCAAAUUCUGUGAUUUAGUCGGACCAUAUACAUACAUCUUAACACACAUGGCUGUGAAUCACAAUGCACACAUUGGCCUCAAAUUGUGUGCGUACUGCAAUCGUGAAGAGUUAAAAGUGCAUUUCAAUGAUGGUUCAUUCGAUUAUUGCUACAAUCAUUACAUUCGAAAGCAUCAAGUGGUCAAAGAUGAUAAUGUAUCGGAGAUUGUGGCCACAUUUUACGGAUUGAUGAAGGAAAUAUCGGAAAAAUUGAACAUUUGCACCGUACGCAACCAUGCGUAUGCCGGCACAGGAUACACUGCCAUCGAGAAAAUUGCACAGAAAUAUGGAAGAGAUUUUCCAACCGAUUGCAUCAUAUUCCAGCAGAGAAACUUUGAAAAGCCAAUCAAAGGUGAAACACUUCGCAAAGAGUUUGUUCGCGUUAUAAGUUUUAUGUACGGUGGCAAUCGGAUUUCGCGUUUGAUGAACAACAACAACAAUGUGGACACGGGUGACGGUGAACAUAUCAUUGUCAUAAGUGAUGACGAAGAGGAAUAUGCACGCAGUGAAUACGAUACUUCCAGUCGACCGGGUGACGAAAAUCGAGCUUCACCGUCGUAUGAAUCACAAUACAAAGUCGACGAAUUACCGAUUGUAAAUGAAAUGGUAUUCAAUUCAGCCGAUGAAAUCAUGCCCGAAAAUCUGGUGAAACGUGAGCAAAUGUCGAGCAGUGGACUGCCAUCAAAUGCAUCAUCACCUGCACAUUCAACUGCCACAGCAUCGACCCGCACCAGUUGGACACACGAACAUGAUGCUGAAAAUUUUGGCAUUUUUGUGGCUCAACGCCUUCAACGCCUGCCCGACGAUAUAAAACGUCGCAAACUGGAGAUUAUCAUUCAAGAAGCUAUAGUUAAGGCAGAAAAGGACGCCCUUACAUAAGUUUAUUAUCACAAAUGUGUAGCUCUUUUUACUUACAUCCGCUAAAUUUAUACGUAUUGUUCCGUUUUCUCAAUGUUAGGAGUCUGAGCGGAAAUUUAGUGUUUUUAUUCAACGAAAUUUAUCGUCUGUUAGAAAAUCAUGACUUACUAUAUCGACUCUACCAAAAUUUAAUAUCAAGGCAUUGCCUCAUUUCAGAUUCAAAUAUUUUAAUUAAAAUAAUUUAAAGUAGCGAAAAUUUGCGGGUAAUUUAUCGAAUAUGUUUGAAGUUAAUUUUUAAUCGCAUCACAGCGGAUGAGAAAAAGUCUAUUCAAUUCGAAGACUACUGAUAUCAUAUGGUAGUGUAUAUAGUUAAAGAAAAAAAGUUGACACAAAAUCAACUGAUGAAAUAGUUUCGAAGCGAAAUUGAAUUUUAAAUUCUUUGCUUUCUUUCUGCAUACUCUUGACCAAACUUUAUAUCGUUCUGAAAUAAUUUGUUAAAAUAGCGACGUCAGCCGAUCUGCAUUAGCUUAUGGCAUGAGACAACACUAUGACACGAGUGCUGUCUGAUUGAUUUAUGAAAUAUGGCCUGUUAUUAAUACGUGUAUUAAAUUUACUUUUAUUCUUAAACAUUAGAAUCUACUAUUAUAGAAAAGAUUGGAAUCCGACUUGAAUCAUUCAAUUUUUAUUAUAUAAUAAGAAAAUUUUGUAUAUAUAUCGAAUUGAUAAAAAAAAGCAAACAACGAAAGAAAAAAAUCAGCAGAUCUUACUUAAAAAUGCAAGCGUAAUGAAAUUGAUGAAAACCUAUCGACUGUAUGAAUGAUUGAGGGCAAAAAUGAGACUAAAAUUCGAAAUAUUUUGAAGUGUUACAUCUCCAUACAGAAGUAUAUGUGUUUUGGAGAUGGAACACUUGAAAAUAUUCCAAAUCCAAGUCUCACUUUUUGACUCACUCAUUCAUAUAUAUUCGUUUUAUCUGCCAAUUCAGCGUUUAAGUAUUUGGUUGAUAAGCAUAAACAUCGCACACAAUUGUCAUUCAGCGUUAAAGUGUUUAUGCAAACAAUCGAAUGAUGUAUACAGUGCAUGUGCUUGUGCAUUGUGCAAUCAUGAAUUCUCCGGUUGCUUCUUAUUCCUUACAAACACACUAAUAAUCACGUUCGAAAUGGUUCUGAAGCGAUUUUUGUGGUUGGCGAAUUUAGAGUUAGAAUAGUGUGCGAUCGGAGUAGUUCGGUGUCAAAUUCAUGCAAAGUGCUAACGGUGUCACAGAAUAAUAUCCAUAUCCAAGUGAAUUCUUUCAACGAGAAAUAUUUUUUGGCUUCAAAGUGUUCCAUUGCAUUGCCAUUUCUGUGUUAAAAAAUGGUGGAAGAGUUCAAGUCACAUUUACUGCGGCGACCAUUUGCCCAUAUUUUCGCCAAUUUGCGCAAUAAUGACGACAAAACUGAUAUGAUUGCACUUCAACUCAUGUGUAUAUUGAAUUUUCAAGCGGAAAGUACGAAUUUAUACGCGCGUAUAGCUGAAAUGAACCGCCCGAAAUUGCUAUUGGAUUUGAUGGGAUUUCGAUCGUACAAAUCCUUUAUUUAGUACGAAUAUCAGGGGCAUGGUCAACUCGAGAGCAAAUAUUUGAAAUGUAGAUUCUGCGAGCUAUUCGGUCCGUACGUUUUGAUUUUGACACACAUGACCAUCAAUCAUGAUGAGCAUGUCGGUUUGAUGAAAUGUGCCUACUGCAAUCAAAUCGAUUUGAAAAAACAUUUCAACGAUGGCACAAUGCAAACGUGUUACGAGAGAUACUUACGAAAACCAGAUAUGGCUGAUGUGAUCAGCGACAAUUUAACACCCGAAAUUGUCACUGACUUCUAUGGUUUUCUGAAAAAUCUUGCAAUCAAUCUUGGCGUAUAUACGAGAAGAAUUUUGCACAGUUUUUCUGGCUCUGCAUAUGGUGGAACAGAAGCAAUUCCUAGACGUAGUGCCAGAGCGCCGAGUGAUAGCUAUGAGGUGGUUUAUCGACAGAGGAAAAUCCGGAAAACAAUUUCAACCGAAAAACUCGUUGGGUAUGCUAGCCAAGUUUGGAUGCAAUUUUAUGGCCGACCAUUACCUAGACAGAGCUCAGCACAAAUCCAAAAUGAUGACGCUACACCCGAACGAUCGACUCGAUCGAACAACAGAAGAACUGCUCAUGGUGAGGUAAUCUACAAUGGAAAUCCUACCUUUUUGUUUAAUUUUGUUUUGCAAUUUCUCUAUUUUGUCUCUGCUGAUAAUUUGUGGUUUUUCUUCAUAUCUCCAAAUAUGGUUUCGUUAGAGCGCGAAUUCUGAAUCGUCAAACGAAGAAUUGAAUCGAAAUGAAUCGAACGCAAACACAAGUGGAAUUCGAAUAUCUCGAGCCUAUAGCCUGGGCGGAGCAGCUAGCGCAUCAUCGCCUACAUUCUCAGCAAUGUCAGCACAAACCAGUGAUACGAACCGAACAGCAGAGGCUAGAUUUGGUGAUUACGUUGCACAUCGGCUUGAACUGCAAACACAAAAUGUGAAUCGUCGACGCCUCGAAGCAGCCAUUCAACAAACAAUCUCCACUUUUGAGAUUAACCAAUUGGAAAAUGAAUAGUUUCUUUCCGGUGUUUAGUUGAUAAUUCACCAAAAAAAUGCACGGAAUUCAUUGCGAUUAUCGGAUUUUGGUUUAUUUGAAUUCAAACAUAAAGAUACCAUGCCAAUCUUGUUUAGAUAGCUGUUUUCACUUCAAAAAUGACAAAAUUUUAAAUUAAAAUAAGAGAUUUAAGUUUAUCGUUACAUGUUACUAGAACAAUAAUGAUCAUUAACUAAUAACUAACUCUUUGAUCGAAACGCAAAUCGCAAAAAUAUUCUUACUACUACUACUACUACUACUAUAUUUCUUCUUUACUUUAUUUAGUUUUAUGAGUGUUCUUUUACUUAUUCACUAGAAGCUAUCAUUCUUGAUUAUGUUACUUUGAAGAAAACGAAUUUGAAAUUAGGAAUGUGUGUAAUAAAGGGUAUUUUUAAAGGUUUUGUAACCAUA